AUGCAACUCCUGUGUAAAAUAGUCUUCGUUGCCUUUUGCCACUGUGUUAUUCUCGUGAAUAGUUUUGAUCCACUGAGACGCCAAUUAGCAAGUGUGCCCCAUACGCCAUUACGCCCCAGCGAUGAUCCUGGUCAGCCACUCUUCCUCACACCUUACAUCGAAUCCGGCCAUAUCGAUCAAGCUAGAAAUCUUAGUCGAGUAGAUCUACAACCAGAUUAUGCCUACUCAUCUUAUUCUGGCUACCUCACAGUCAAUAAAACUCAUGAGAGCAAUUUGUUCUUCUGGUUCUUUCCGGCACAGAGUGGAAACACCAGCGCACCAUUCCUCGUCUGGUUACAGGGCGGACCAGGUGCGUCAUCACUUUUUGGUCUAUUUGCUGAACAAGGCCCAAUUAUGGUUGAUAAAGACAAAACUCUACAUCCACGAAAUAUCACCUGGAACUCGAAGUAUCAUCUUCUCUACAUCGAUCAACCCGUCGGAACCGGUUACAGUUUCACGAAGAGCGAACAAGGUUAUGUACGUAAUGAAGAUGAAGUUGCUCGUGAUCUUUAUUCAAUGUUAACACAAUUCUUUCAAGUAUUUCCUGAAUACGUUCCAAGUCCAUUCUAUGUGACGGGUGAAUCGUACGGUGGCAAGUACGUUCCAGCGAUUGUAUAUAAAAUUCAUAUGGAAAAUCCAUCGGCGAAAGUGAAGAUCAACCUGAAAGGCAUGGCAAUCGGUGACGGUUUAAUCGAUCCAUACAAUCAAUGGGAUUACGGUUCUGCAUUGUACCAGUUUGGAUUGAUUGAUGAGGUGGAAUUGGAACGAGUUAAUCUCGAGUCUGAUCUAGCACGGACUGCCAUCGAACUUAAACAAUAUUUGGUAGCGUACGCAUUAUUCAGUAAUUUGUUAGAUGAAUUUUAUACCGAUAAAACAGGUUUACAUAAUGUUUACAAUUAUUUGCAAACACAAAUGUCCGAUUCGUUUAAUUAUUACAUUCCAUGGGUAACUGCAAGUGACAAUCGUCGCAAAAUACAUGUCGGAAAUCUAAGAUACAACGAUGGUGAUGUAGUUGGUAUUGCUCUCGCUAACGAUAUGAUGCAGUCGAUCGUGAACAAAGUCACAGUUAUUGCAAAUAGUAACUAUAAAGUUUUAAUCUACAACGGACUGCUCGAUGUUAUCAUUGCUUCACCGUUGACUAUGAAUUGGUUGGACAAAUUCGAGUGGCAAUACGCGGAUGAUCUUCGCCAUGCUGAACGAAAGGUUUGGAAAGUGCAAGAUGACGAUCGCGAAGUUGCUGGUUAUAUCAAACGAGCGCAUUCGUUCUUUGUUGCAUGGGUACGAAAUGCUGGUCAUAUGGUUCCGGCUGAACAGCCUCGCGCAGCAUUUGACCUUAUCGAUCGAUUCGUGUCAGCUUUAGAAAAUGAAUAG